GACGACCAAGGUCGGGGCUCAAGGUUACCAGGCUGAGCAAUUAGACUUCCGCAAUAUACUACAGAGGCAGACUUUGGAAGAACCAAAGGAAGUCAAGACAGUCGAACAAGUGGACUUCCGUGAUGUUCUUCAAUGAGGUGGAAGAAAUCAUCGCACCCAAAUUUGAAACCAUGAUUGAAAGCGUGGUUGCCAAAGAAGGUGAACCCGCCAAAUUUUUCGUAAAAGUCACAGGAAAACCGACCCCCACAAUUUCGUGGCACCAUGACGACCAAGUACUCACGACUGAUGAGAUCUUCAAGGUCACAGUGAGUGAGGAAGGGGAGAGCACUCUCGAACUGCCAGAAGUCUUCCCAGAAGACACUGGCAAGUACACUGUCAAGGCAGUAAAUGAAGGUGGUGAGGCUGUUGCCACGGCAACGCUCACAGUCACAGAGGAAGUAAUUCAGGAGGACACUUUCACAACAACAGAAGUUAUCACACAGGAAGUCCAGGAGACUGUUGAAUCUCAACAAGUUGUUUCUGUUCAAGAAACCAUAGUAACGUCUGAAGUCAUCAAGUCACAAGUAGAUGUAUCUGCCGACUUGAUCACAGAAGAACAAGUCUCCGAGAUCGAGAAGAUUGAUGACCUUGUUGCUCCUGCUGUUACUGUCGAGAUCAACAAAAUGACCGCAAAGGAAGGCGAACCUGUCCAGUUUAUCGCCAAGGCAUCCGGUUCACCGGCCCCGACCCUCCAAUGGUACUACGGUACAGAACCAAUCGGUACCGAUGAAAUCUACAAGGUCACCGAGAGCACCGAAGGAGAGAGCAUCCUUGAGCUGGCCGAAGUUUUCCCAGAAGAUGCUGGCGAAUAUUCUGUAAAGGCCGUCAAUGAUGCAGGAGAAGCUGUCGCUUCCACAACACUCAAUAUCAUUGAAUAUGUAGAAGAACCAGCCGAUACAGCAGCUGAGGUAUCUGUGGAAUUGACAUCAGAAGAGUCUUCGCAUGCCUUCCCCGACACAAAGUAUGAAGUAGGCACUAAAGUUUUCACAUGGCACCUCCGAUCGGAGGAUAUUGAGGACGCGGGUGAUUUACCCACAACCACUCUAUUGAAGGAGGAAGUUGAGGUUGUCGGUGGCGAUGAGGAUCUCUACGAGGCUGAAGAAUCCGUUCCCCAAUUCAGCUUUGAGGCCAAAGUUGAUACUGAUGAAGAAUCUGAGGAGAUUGGUUCAGGGGCUGAACUAGAAUAUACAUUCAGUACGAACUAUAGUAUCGAUAGUCAGAUUGUACAGGAUAAAGAACCAGACGAGGAAUUUACCUUCAUCCUGAAAGAAGAUGUCCCUGAAAGAUCGCCAGAGAAAGACAUCGAUGAGACGGAUGAAUUUACAUUUGUAACCAAAGAUGACAUCCCAAAAUUGGACCUGCCACAAUCCUCAUCAGAUGAAGAGGAAGAGGUGAAAAUAGCGCGACCAGUACAUGAUGAGGAUGUUUCAAUUUCAAGUUCAGAAGAAUAUCUUUCUGACGAGGAGGUUGUGGUAUCUUCAGCCAGCUCCGAUUCAGAGUCAGAACAGCGUAAAGUGUCAAUUCCAGAUGUAGUUCCUCAGCAGAAAGAGCCAAUCAAAGUCUACCCAACUUCUUCCUCCUCGUCUACCUCAGAGGAAGAGGAAGACGAAGAGGUGGUAAAAGAUCGGACUUACGAUGCCUCUGUUUUUGUUGAGGAGAAGCUACAACCAGCCAGUGUACCAGUUGAGGAAGCUAUGGUCCCUGUGGACGAACCUUUCAUGUCGUCAUUUGAGAUUGUGUCAAAAGAUGUGUAUAUGUCACGACAGGGGGUUGUCGAGCCAGAUGGUGUGACAUUUGAGGCAAAUUUAGAGGACAAGGAUGUUGAACAACCCUUUACAUCGACAGCAGAAGAAGUUGUCUUCACCCUCAAAACAGAUGAGGAUGAUGAACCAUCUGUGCCCCGUGCCGAACAUGAUGUCCGUCUUGAGGACGAUCAAGAACCUCGAGAGGAUGUUGUCCACCAGAUUUACAUGGAUAAGAAGUCUGAUGAUGAAGAUUUUCUGGAGGAGUACAGUCUUUCAGCUCCUAAAGACAGGAGGGAGGAGGUCGUGUUGGAGGAAAAACAACCUGACAUGAGCACAGAAGUUCUGUUGGAAGAACAACAACAGGAUAUAGAAGGGAGACCGGAGUUUUCCUUUGAGGCAGAGAUUCAAGAGGACAGAUUGGAUGACGAGGAUAUUGCUGAAGUAUCUUAUGAGAUUGAGGUAUCUGAACCGAGGGAAUCUGAUGUGUCAUACGAUGACCAACCACUAGUGAUGACUGUUGAAACAGAGAUCUCACUGCCGAGUGACAUUUCAUCAGAAGGUAUAGAGGAAGAUGAUGAUCUUUAUGAAGACAUUGAAGAGUUCCAAGGAACAACAGUGUCAGUUCUCGAGACUGUUCCAGAGGAAUCGUCGCUGGAGGAAAGUCAUUCUGCAGAUGUCACCCCGGAGGUAGAUCAGGAUGUGUCUUUCUCAUUUUCUCUGGGUGAUGGACCAAAGGAUGAAGUCGAGGAAACAUUCUCACUGUCAGAGGUCAAGACUGUAGAGUCUGUUGAGGUAGAGGUGACCAUUCCGAGAUUCAUGAGGGAGUUAUCAGACCAGGAGGUUACUGAGGGCGACACUGUCACCUUCAUCGUGGAGGUCCUCGGUAGCCCCUUCCCAGACAUCUCAUGGUUCAAGGAUGGUGUCGAGAUCAUCCCCGGUGAUCACUUCCAGAUGGAAGUGCGUGGAAACUUUGCCUCUCUUAUUGUCAAGGAUGUUGUUACCAAUGAUGAUGCUGAAUAUGUUGUCAAGGCAACCAACGAAGCUGGAACUGCCUCCAGUACAGGAGAGCUCUUCGUCAAUCCAUCAGGAGAAGCUCCUACUUUUGUUGUUCGUUUGGAAGAUCAAACAAUUGAGCUUGGUGCACCAAUCAAAUUGGAAUGCCAGGUCAAAGGUCAUCCUAAACCAAAGGUCACAUGGCUGAAGGAUGGAGAGGAAAUCACUGAUGAACGCUACACAAUCGAGUUCAUUGAAGAAACAGCAACUCUUCAGAUCGCAGCAAGUCUGGUCGAAGAUGAGGGAGACUACUCAGUGAAGGCAGUUAACGACCGCGGUGCUGCCACCUGUAACGCGGAAGUCCUCGUGAAUCUAGAGGCUCCGAAGUUCACCAAACCCCUAUCAAAUGUUUCAGUUGAUAUUGAUCAUGUAGCUGUGCUUGAGUGCACAGUCACUGGCAAGCCAACUCCAAAUGUCACCUGGCUAGCCAAUCAAACGAUUAUCGAAGAAAGUGUCAAAUAUCAUGCCAGUUUCCAUGACAACGUUGCGACCUUGGAAAUAACCUCUGUCACUGAGGAAGACGGUGAUGUUGUUUAUACUUGCAAAGCAGAGAAUAUCGCCGGAGACACCAGUUGCAGUGCCCAACUAACAGUUCAAGGAACCAAGAAAGUGGAAACAGUUGAGGAAACUGCUGUUAUUGAACCAGAAGUUGGACAGGCCCCAGAAUUUGUCCUCAAGAUCAAAACUCAGACAAUUACUGAAGGAGAGACAGUUGACUUCAGCUGUGAAGUGAUCGGAGAGCCGAAACCAGAACUUCACUGGCUAUGUAACGGCCAUGAACUCACAGAGGAGGGUAAAUACAUGGUGUUCGAGGACGAAAAACUCCACCAUCUUGAAGUUUACGACAUCACACCCGAGGAUGCUGGUAACUAUGCUGUCGAGGCAGAAAACAAAUUCGGCAAAGUUACCUGUACAGCCGAGCUCCAGGUCACAGCUAAACCAGUAGAAGAAGUGAAGGAACUAGAAGCACCUAAGUUUGUCGUUGAGAUCCAGACUGUUGAGACAACCGUCGGAGAGAAAGCGACGUUUACUUGUCGUGCGACAGGUAAACCCACACCCGAGAUCCUGUGGUAUAAAAAUGACAAGGAAAUCACAAAAACAGACAACCGAUUUACAAUCCAGUAUGGCGAAGACUGCGAGUCGUCCCUACUCAUCGUUGACGUGCUUCCAGAGCAUGAUGGGACAUACACAGCUGAGGCCAAGAACGAGGCCGGCACUGCUAAAUGUAAAGCGGAACUCUUCGUAGAAGAGCCCAAGGAUGAAAAAUUGUCCCCACCUGAGUUCAUCAAGGUACCGGAGAAGGUUGUUGCUAGGGAACAUGAUCGCGCUCAGUUCCUUGUCAAAGUGGUUGGAAUGCCCAAACCAACAGUUGCCUGGAAGAAGGAUAAAACUCUUGAUGACAAAGAUUUGUAUGACUUUGAGAAAUAUGAAGACACCUAUUGUUUUGAGAUCAGAGAUACGGAGACAAUUGAUGCAGGUGUAUACACCUGUAUAGCCACUAACGAGGCUGGAGAAGCUACCUGUGAAAUCCCUCUGGAAGUGACAGAAAUUGCCCGUGACAAGCGUCUAUCGGAGUCACCUCUGGUCCUUAGACACAAAGAUGAGUCCAAGGCUCCAGAAUUCAUUGAAGUCUUCGAGGAGUGUACUGUUAUGGAGGAGAAACCUCUGACCUUGAUUGCCAAGGUCACCGGACUGCCUCGUCCAGAGGUCGCAUGGUCUAACAACGGUAAGGCACUGAUCAGAACCCCGGCUGUCAGCAUCUCCUACGACGAUGAAACAACCACACUCUUGAUCAAAAAAGCAACUCUUGAUCAUGAAGGAGAAUUCAAAUGUGUCGCCACAAACUCUGCCGGCCAAGCUGAACACAUUGCUAAGGUUAAUGUGGAAGGCAAGUCUGAGCCCCCAGAAUUUACCCGUAAAGUGAACUCUAGGGACAUCAAGGCUGGUCGCCCUGUCAGAUUCGAAUGUGCAGUUAAAGGUAUCCCACAGCCACAAGUCUCAUGGUUCAUCAAUGACAAGCCUAUCGAGAGUGGAAUCCGGUUCCGCAUGGAUGAACGUAAGGGUUACGUUGAUGUGGUACACAUUCUCACCAUAGACAAUACUGUACUGGAAGAUGAAGGUCAAAUCAAGGCCGUCGCUUCCAACAAAGCAGGAGAAGUAUCAUGUGAAGGACGACUCACUGUUGAAGAGAAGAAAGAAGGUCCGAAGCUGAUUAAGAGGCUGGAGAACCUGGAGGUGGUCGAGAAGAGCACAGUUGUGAUGGAAUGUGUCAUCUCCGGCAAACCCAAGCCAGAUAUUAUCUGGAUGAAGGACAAGACAGUACUAGUCGAGUCUGAAGAAAUCAAGAUAGAGAACAUCGACCAGACAUACCGUCUCACGAUCCCCAGCGCACUAGUGUCCGACGCCGACCUGUACACUGUCCGCGCCAGCAACCCGGCGGGCCAAGUCUCCUGUAGCUGUCGCCUCAAAGUCCUGCCUGGUAGAAAGCCAUCAUUUGCCAGGAAAAUGUCAGACACCCUUGUUCCCGAAGAGGGCGCUGUCAGCUUUGACUGCAAAGUUGAAGGACUACCUCUUCCUGAAAUCAAAUGGUUCAUCAAUGACCAAGAGAUAGAAGAAGGUGAGGGUGUUCAUUUUGUGUUCAACAAGCGUGACCGAACACAUUCACUUGUUAUCGAUAAGGCGUCACCCGAACUUCAAGGUCUGAUCAAGGCUGUCGCUGUCAACACUGGUGGCGAGGAACUAUGUACUGCUGAACUCACUGUUCGUGGUCGUGCACCGACCUUCAAGGAAAUUCCUCUCAAAUGUACCAUGCUUGAAGGUGCCACUGCCAUGUUCCGCUGUAUCCCUGACGGAGAGCCCAAGCCCACCAUUUUGUGGUCCAAGGGCAAAUGGCAGAAGAUCAAAAGUGAUAAGAAAUACAAUGUGUUUUUCGAUGAGGAAACACAAGAACAAGUCUUGGAGAUCAAAAAUGUCCAGAAGAAGGAUGCUGGGACUUAUCUUGUUACGCUUACCAACGAACACGGAACAUGUGACGCACCUGCCACGUUGAUGGUUACCAAUGACGAGGGAGAAGUGAAUGAUUGGCUCGAUCAGCUCAAACACAGGGAAUUUACCCGUCACCAAGGUGAUGAAGCUGUUGAAUGGAUGCCACAACUCCGCCAUGUUGAGACGGAAGAAGACGAACCUGAUGCAAAGAAAUUUGUACCAGGAACGAAAGAGCUGGACGAAGCUACUGCUCACGAAACAUACCGUCGCAGAUCUCGACAAGAGUUGACCGAUAUUCAGCGGGAUCAUGACUUGGGCCAGAGGUCAAAGGGCGAAUUACAGGCUGUCGCUCCAGAGAAAGGAGCUGAGGUCACCGCCCCUCGCAAAGAUUCUAUCAAGGACAAAUACAACCGUUUCGUCAAACCCCAGAAGAUCGAGGAAGCACCACCAGUUAAACUGGUUAUACCAAAAGCUCAGUGGAAGGUCAUCCAACCACUACAGGAUCUUGCGGUAAUGGAGAUGGACGAAGCUCGAUUUGAGUGUGAGUUCAGCGUACCAAAUGUCAUGGUGACCUGGAAGGUGAACGGUGAGCCUAUUGAGGCCAGCCCGAAAUACAUGAUCGAAAUUGAGAAAACAAAACAUACUCUGAUCGUGACCAAGUGUAAACCCAAAGACUCCUGUAAUGUCAGCUGUUCUUACGCCAAACUCUUCACAGAAGCUAACCUCGCGGUUACAGAGUUACCUAUUGAAUUUUUGAUACCUCUGGAGGACACUUCCGCGAUGGAGCACACCAAGGCUACAUUUACGGUGAAGAUCAAUGUAGAUGAGGUUGACAUCAUCUGGUUGGUUAACAAUGAGCCGAUAAAGGAUGACAAGAAGUACAAGGUCGCUCGUAAAAACAGCCAGGUCAUGUUGACAGUCUUUGACCUCAACCCAGAGGACUCAUGCAAGAUCAGCGCCACUGCUCGUGACGUUUCUACGGAAUGUACACUUACCGUUAAUGAAAUCCCGGUACAAUUUAUUGUGCCCCUCAAAGACAAGGAGGAAUGGGAACAUAAAUCUGUUACCUUCAUCUGUGAGGUCCAACGCGAAGUUGACAAGGUCCAAUGGUUCAUUGGUGACAGGGAACUCGUAGAGAGUGAUACUGUCAGAUUUGUCUCCGAAGAUAUGGUCCACAAACUUUAUUUGAAAGACCUUGACCUUGCUGAUAAUGGUGUAGUGACUUUCCUGACAAAGGGCCAAUCAUGCACUGCCAACCUCAAGGUCAAAGAAAUCCCUGUAGAGUUCCAAAUACCUCUAUCAGACAUCACCGCCAUGGAGCACUCAACCGUAGAGUUCAUUAGUGAAAUCAACCGCGACGUUGAAAAAGUCACAUGGUUUUUGGAUGAUAAGGAACUCAAGGAGGAGGCCAAGGUCAAAAUGGUAUCUGAAGGUCAUGUACAUAAGUUGAUUAUUCAAGACAUCCAAGUUGAGGAUGAGGGACAAGUAACUCUUCAAGCUAAAGAUAAAAAGUCCACCGCCUCCCUCUUUGUACAAGAACUUCCACCUGAGUUCACCUCACCACCCAGUGAUGUCACAAUCAUGGAAGGCGAGACCGCCGAAUUCGUCUGCAAGGUCAGCAAAGAGGGCGCCACUGUCAAGUGGUUCCUAGAUGACAAAGAGAUUGUCGAAGACGAACGUUUCGUCAUCACCAAAGACAAAGGAACACACACCCUCACCAUCAAGGAUGCAAUCCUGCCCGACGGUGGCCUUGUCAAUGCCAAGGUCGAGGACAAAAGUGCCACGGCUACGCUGACAGUCAAAGAAUCUCCUGUCGAGAUUGUCCUCGCUCUGGAGGAACAGCAUAUCGAGGAACACCAAGCAUGUUACUUCACCUGUAAAGUAAACAAGGAGGAUGUAGAUGUCACAUGGUGCAAAAACAACGAGGUUAUCUCCCCUAGUGAUAAACACAUCAUCAAGGAUGACGGAGUCAAUCACACUCUUGUCAUCAUGGAUGCUGACCAAUCAGAUAUUGCUGAUUAUACUGUAACCGUUGGUGACAGAAAAAGUUCCGCGAAACUUUGCCUAGAUGAACUCCCCAUCCAGUUUAUGGUGCCCCUUGAGGAACAGACCUGCAAGGAAGGUGAGAGCGUGACUUUCCUCUGUGAAGUCAGCAAAGAAGAUGCUCCUGCCAAGUGGUAUUGCGAUGGUAAGGAACUUGAACCAUCUGACCGCAUCGAGAUGAGCGUCAAAGGCAAGGUCCAUGAACUGACCAUCAAGAAUGCGAUCCUGGAUGAUCGUGCCGAAUACACAAUUAAACUGGAUGACAAAUCAAGCACUGCCCCACUGUUUGUAGAGGAAGCCCCUCUGAGGAUUACUGUCCCUCUGAAGGACCGUUACGACUGUUCCGAGGGUGAGAGCAUCACCAUGGAAUGCCAAGUGAACAAAACUGGAGUUCAUGCCAUGUGGCUUAAGGACGGUGAGCAGAUCACGGCUGCUGAUGGUUAUGAAAUCACUGUGGACGGAAACCGACACAUCCUCACGAUCCCGGUAGCUUACCUGGAUCAUGAGGCCGAUUACAGCGUGAUGAUCGGCAGUCAGGUGUCGUCUUCAGUACUGUAUGUGGAAGAGGUUGCGGCUGCGUUCACACACAGAUUAGCGGAUCUAACUGGUAUGGAGGGUGAAGAUGUGGAACUCUCGGUCGAACUCAGCAAGCCUGAUGUCAACGUGAGCUGGAUGAAGAACAGGAAACCUCUGACCGCCAGUGACCGCAUCAAGAUCCUGUGUGAUCGUUACCGCCAUGUCUUACAAAUCCAGGAAGCCAUUCCCGAGGAUGAGGGCGAAUACACCAUACAACUCAGUGACAACUCUGAAUCUUCAGCAAUGCUCACCAUCAAAGAAAUACCACCGGCAUUCAAGCGUCCUCUUGAGGACGUCCAGGCAGUAGAGAAGGACCAAGUGAAACUUGAAUGCGAAGUCAACAAGGAAGAGAUUCCUGUCAAAUGGUUCAAGGACGGUAAAGAAAUCACACCAACCAAACGCAUGGAGAUCAUAUCCAACGGCUGUGUCCAACAGCUGGUCAUCGAUGACGUCACCCUCGACGACAUGGGCAAAUACACCUGUGUGUGUGGCGACGCCUCUACCGAGGCUGUCCUGUCUGUCGAAGAACUACCACCAGAGUUCCGUAAACUGCUGGAAGACCAGACAUCUCUGGAGAAACUGACCGUUACUUUGGAAUGUGAACUGUCCAAGCCAGACAUCCCGGUCAAAUGGCUGAAGGAUGGAGAGGAAAUCACACCAUCAGACAAUAUCACAAUCGUAACGGAUGGUUACCUACAACAACUUCUGUUUGCAGAGGCAACACUGGCAGACAGUGCCACUUACACCUGUGUGUGUGGUGAUGUGUCUACCAAGGCAAACCUCAAGAUCGAAGAGGAACCUCCAAAGUUCACCAAGCCUCUUGAAGACCAGACAGUGAAAGAGGAAGCCAAUAUCAUCUUGGAGUGUGCACUCUCCAAACCAAACUACAAGGUUCAAUGGCUCCGAGAUGGAAAGCCAAUUGAACCCAGCGACCGUGUCAGCAUCACCACGGAUGGCUGCACACAGCGUCUGGAGAUCCUUGAUGUCACGCUUGAUGAUGCCGCCAAGUACUCAUGUGUCUGUGGUGAUGUAUCAACAGAGGCUACCAUCACAGUCGAAGAAAUUGUACUGGAGUUCCGCAAACCUCUUGAAGAAGCUGAGGUUCUUGAAGGAACAACAGUAAAACUAGAAUGUGAACUGAACAAGAAGAAUAUGCCCUCUAAAUGGUGGAAGGAUGAUGUUGAGAUUGUGCCAAACGAUCAGUUCUCUAUCUCUGUCGACCAAUACCAACACUCUCUCACGAUUACCGAUAUCACACUCGACGAUGAGGCAGACUACAAGUGUUCAGUCAAUGACGUAUCAACAUCAGCGACCGUCUUUGUGGAAGAACUUCCUGUGGAGUUCCUGAUUCCUUUGUCUGAUAUUACUGUCAUGGAGAAGGACGCCAUUUGUCUCAACUGCGAGGUUAAUAAACCUGAGUAUCCAGCCAAGUGGCUUAAGGAUGGCAAGGAAAUUACACCCAGAGACGGACUGAAGAUGAUUCACGACAAAGCUUAUCAUCGUAUUGUCAUUGACGCGGCUGAGCUUGACGACGAAGCUGAAUACAGUGUCGUCAUCAAUGGAGCCAAGUCACGUGCCAUAGUCCUGGUUGAAGAGGCUCCAGUCGAGUUCCUGAAGCCCCUAAAGGACACCCAAGUUACAGAGGGCGACAGUGUUACUAUGGAGUGUGAAGUCAGUAAGCCGGAUGAGGUUGCCAAAUGGUAUCUGGAUGGCGAGGAGAUCAAGGGCUCUGACCGCAUUGAGCUGGUCGUAUAUAGCACCACUCAUCAACUCAUCAUCCACGAAGCCAAGGUCAGCGAUGAAGGAUCUGUCUCCAUCAAAAUUGGUGACAAAAAGUCCACAGCAAAUCUGCUCGUUGAAGAAUUACCGGCUGAGCUGGUCCAGGAACUGCAUGACAUGAAGGUGCCUGAGAGAGGUACCGCUGUUUUUGAGUGUGAAGUGUCUCGUCCUAAGGUCAAGGGCAAAUGGUACAAAGAUGACGAGCCAAUCACAAUUAGUGAUGGUUAUGACAUCCGGGUGGACGGCACCCGCCAUCUUUUGUACCUCCAGCGCGUCUCAGGCGAAGAUGUGGGGACAUACAAAUUUGCUUUUGACGACACAGAAACUAGCGCUGUGCUAUCUGUGAAAGAAAUACCACUCAAGAUAGUUAAACCUCUGACUGACACAGAAAUCUUUGAAAAGGAAGAAAUGACCUUCACCUGUGAGGUGAACAAGGCCAAUGUCAAGGCCACCUGGCACAAGGAUGGAUUAGAAAUUGUGCCAUCUGACCAUAUCCAUGUGGUUGCUAAAGAAAUGGUUCACACAUUGAAAAUCACAGAUGCCAAAUUAGAUGACGGUGCAAUCUACCUUUGCCAGCUUGAAGAUAAGAAAACUACAGCUACACUUACCGUUAAAGAAGAGCCCCUGCAGUUCAUCAAGCCUCUGGGAGAUGUUGAGGUUAUGGAAGGAAAGACUGCUGUACUGGAGUGCAUUGUGUCCCGGCCAAAUCUCAAGUCCACCUGGUUGUGUGAGGGCAAACCAGUGACCGCUAGUGACCGCGUCAAGAUGACCAGUCAUGACAACAUCCACACACUGACCAUCACAGCUGCUGAAUUGGACGAUGAAGCAGAAUACACAAUCAACGUAAUGGAUACUCUUUCAACAGGAGCAAUCUUUGUGGAAGAGGAGCCAGUGGACUUUAUCCGUAAGCUAGAAAAUCUUGAGGUACACACUAUUCCAUCUUCUGCAACCUUUGAGGCAGAGGUCACCAAAGCUGACCUUGUAGGCAAAUGGUUCCGGGAUGGUAAACCCAUCGCAGAAUCUGACAAAUACAAGAUGGAGGUGGUGGGUACUGUACACCGCCUGACAAUCAAUGAUAUUGACGGAGAGGAUGAAGCCGACUACAAAGUGGUUGUCAGGGGCAAGAAAUCUGAGGCAGAGCUCAUAGUUGAAGUGCCUCCUGAACUGUUCCUUGACAAGGCUUAUGAGGAAGAAGUCAUUCUAAAGGCCGGUCAGUCCACAGCCUUCGAGAUUCCAUUCAAGGCCAAUCCCCAGCCAUCGGUCACCUGGUCAUUCAAUGACCAGUCAAUGCCGGAGGACAAGAGAAUCGAAGUCCAGUCCAUCUACAAUAUGACUACAAUGCGUCUGGCCAAGGCCAAGCGCACAGACACCGGAAACUACACACUGACUUUACAGAAUCAGUCUGGCAAAGCUGCUGUCACCAUCAAGCUCAAAGUAUUAGACAAACCAAGCGUCCCCAGGAACUUUGCACCAAAGGAUGUCACUGCAGAGUCCGUGCCGUUGGUAUGGGAAACCCCAGAGGACGAUGGAGGAAGUCCGAUCACAGAAUACAUCAUAGAGAAACGCGAGGCUAACCGUCGUUCAUGGUCCGAGAUCGGUACAACAUUAGAGACGCAGUUUGUAGCCACUAAGCUUCUCGAAGGCAACCAGUACUUGUUCAGAGUAUUUGCCAAGAAUGACAUUGGAUUGAGCGAACCAGCUGAGCUCACCGAUGCAGUGACAGCGAAGAAUCCAUUCACCGUGCCCGAUGCACCAAAUGCUCCCGUACCGUCAGAUGUGAUGAAGAAGUCUGCCACAGUAUCAUGGCAACCACCAGCCAAUGAUGGUGGCUCUCCUGUGAUUGGCUACUACCUGGAACGUAUGUCAGGGUUCAGUCCACGCUGGGUACGUUCUGUACACGACACUAUCCCCGACACAUGGUACAACAUGACUGAUCUGAUGGAGGAUAACACUUACCAGUUCCGUGUGAUAGCGGUCAACAAAGCUGGCGAAAGUGAGCCAAGUCCACCAUCCGAUACUAUCACAGCCAAAGAUCCAUUUGACAAGCCUGGACCACCUAGUACACCAGAAAUUAUGGGAACCGACAGCUCGUCUGUCGCGCUCAAAUGGACACCACCAGAGGAUGAUGGUGGUUCUCCAGUAUUCAACUACGUCAUUGAGUACCGACUUGUAGGUGCCUUCCGUUGGACGACAGCCAAUGAAACUGCAGUCCCAGAGACUACAUUCAGUGUGACUGGGCUAAAGGAAGGAUCAAAUUACGAGUUCCGGGUCAGCGCAGAAAACAAAGCUGGAGUUGGUCAACCGUCACCACCUACGAAACCUGUCAAAGUACAGGCUCCAAUUGUUGGUGUCGCACCACAGCUUCUUGAACCACUUCAGGAUACUGUUGUCGUGGCACCAAAAGAUGCCAUCUUGGAAUGUGACCUUGACCUUGGAGAGCCAGAAUCUGAAAUUAAAUGGUUCAAGGGUACAGUACCGGUAGAAAAGAGUCCUAAGUACGAGAUGAGUUAUGAGGACGAGAUCGCUGCCCUCGUAAUCCAUGACACGGCUCCUGAGGAUGCUGAUGUCUACCGUUGCCAGGCUGCCAAUGUGAUUGGACAGGUCCAGACCACAGGAACACUAUCUGUACACACCCAUCCCAAACUUGAGUACGACAACAAGCUGAAGAGCAAACAGAUACUGAAGGCCGGAUCAACACUGACGGUGGAGGUAAACAUUAGUGGUAUCCCCUUGCCCAAGGUCGUGUGGCAGAAGGAUGGCCAGCCCAUAGAAAAGUCGCCACGUCUUAGCAUCGACAUCACAGAGGAAGUCUCCACUCUCAAAAUCAAAAAUGCCAUCCAGGACGAUACUGGUGUCUACAAUAUUGUAGCGGAAAACACUGUAGGAAAGGCUGAAGCCAGCUUCGAUAUUAACGUCAGAGACAAGCCGUCGAAACCUAACAACCUUCACGUUGUGGAGGUGAUGAAGGAUACUGUUGUUAUUGAGUGGGAGAAGCCUACCAGUGACGGAGGUGCUGAAAUCACCGCCUACAUCGUAGAGAAACGCGACGCUAAACGCAACACCUGGGCAACUUGCCAGAACGUCAGUGGAAGUACAACAACAUUCGCUGUGGAGAAACUUCUUGAAGGCAAUGAAUACUUUUUCCAGGUCUCUGCUCAGAACGAGGUCGGAACAAGUGAACCAGCUACCAUGGAUGAAGGAACGAUUGCCAAGAGUCCCUUCGAUGCUCCGGACUCGCCUAUAAACCUAAAGGCAACCGACACCACCCCAGAGACUGUAUCCUUGACUUGGGAUGCUCCAUUGAAAGAUGGUGGCUCUCCAGUCACUGGAUACAUCGUAGAAAAACGUCACAUGGAGACAACCCGCUGGUCUAAAUGUAACAAGAAAGCUGAACCGGACACUGUCUUUACCGUCACCGACCUUAUCGAGGACAGCGACUAUGAAUUCCGCGUGUCUGCUGAGAACAUUGUUGGCCUCAGUAAACCCUGUCAACCAAUUGGACCAAUCAGAGCCAAGCUUCCAUAUGAUAAACCAGAAGCUCCAGGCAAACCAGAGGUGCUUGAAGUCACCAAGAACACUGCAUCACUGAAAUGGACGCCCCCUGUCAAAGACGGCGGCGAUGCCAUCUUUAACUAUAUUGUCGAAUGUCGCCCGGAGACAUCCAUUAAGUGGAUAUUAGCCAGUCAGAACAUUCGCGUGGAUGAUACCAAAUUUGUUGCGACGGAUCUUGUCGAGGGCAUGCAGUACGAAUUCCGUGUCUAUGCUGAGAACAGAGCAGGUGUCGGUCCAGCCUCCCCACCAUCAGACAGAGUUCUUAUCAAGGAACCAAUCGUCGGAGAGGCUCCGUCUGUUUUGGAAGGACUUCCUGACCUUACUCAUCUGGUAGGAGAGACUGCCACCCUUGAGUGUAAAAUCUCCGGCAAACCAGAACCAACUCUCAAAUGGUCUAAAGAUCAUCAUGAGCUUGCAGAGAGUAAGAAGUUUGAGAUGUCCUAUGCUGACCUCGCUGCUUCCCUGACAAUUCGCCAGGUGACAGAGAAAGACAUGGGCAGUUACAGCUGUGAAGCUUCCAAUGACCUGGGAUCUGUGUCCACUACUGGUCAAGUAGAGAUUCAGGCUCCACCCACCAUUGAAUAUGACAACAAAUACCGUGACCUUUUGACCUUACAAGCAGGCUCAUCCUUGAAGAUCCCUGUAACAAUCACGGGCCUUCCCAAACCCACUGUUACCUGGGGUAAAGAUGACACAGCUCUCAAGACAUCAACAAGAGUCAGUUUUGACAAGACUGAGAAGGGCUCAACCCUGUUCAUCAAGAAACUGACUCGUGAGGAUGAUGGUCUUUAUUACAUCAAGGCCGAGAAUGAAGCUGGUGAAGAGAAGGCUAGCUUUGACGUAGAAGUCAUUGAUGUGCCAAGCCCACCAGAGGGCCCCGUGCAGGUCACAGAUAUAGAUGUAGACCGUGCCACAUUGACUUGGCAGAAGUCGAAGGAUGAUGGUGGAUCCCCAAUCAAAACAUAUACUGUGGAACGCCGCGAAGCUGGCAGAUCUACAUGGACACGCCAGGAAAUUCAAAAUGCACCAGUUCUCACAAUCACUCCGACCGAUCUCCAGGUUGGCAAGGAAUACUUGUUCCGAUUCUUCGCUGAAAACGAGGUUGGCAUGUCCAGUCCUCUGGAGAUGGAUGAACCUGUUAUUCCGAAGAGUCCGUUCGACAAACCAUCUAUUCCGGUUGGACCCCUGGAAAUCUUGGACAUUACCGACACCAGCUGUACAUUGACAUGGAAACCCCCAGUAUCUGAUGGUGGUACGCCACUCACUGGCUACGUUGUAGAAAAGUAUGACACCCGUCGUAUGACAUGGACAAAUGUUAAGACGGUCGCUCCAGACACAACCUCAUGUCCAGUUCCAAACCUGCUGGAAGGACAGGCUUAUCUGUUCCGUGUGUCAGCGGUCAACAGUGUUGGUCGCGGUCAGCCACUGGUCACAGACCAUGAAAUCAAACCAACAAAACCAGCAACUCCACCAGGAAAACCUAUUGGUUUCCGUGUCAACAAUAUCCAAGGUGACAAUGUGACCCUGUACUGGAGUCCACCCAAGCGUGACGGCGGCUCUCCCAUUACCAGCUACAACAUCAUGGUAUCCAAGGACAAUGGCAAAACCUGGUCUCCUGUGGAAACCGUACCAGAUUCUGUAGAAAAAUAUGUCGUAAACAAACUGAAGGAAGACGAGCCGGUCAAGUUCCGUAUCUCAGCAGUGAAUGCUGUGGGAGAGGGAGAAUGGGUCGAAUCUGACUCUGUCACUCCAAAGAGGCCAAUUGGUCUACCUUCCAAACCUUUAGACGUCGAGGUAGGACAAAUUCUCACAGACUCAGUAGCCCUUAGCUGGCAGCCCCCAGAGGAUGACGGAGGCACCCCAAUCACUGGAUAUGUGAUCGAAAAACGUGACGCAUCCCGCUCCAUGUGGACAACUGUGGACCGCGUGGAUAAAAAUACACUCAAUCUUGUAGCGACAAAAUUAAAUGAAGGAACAAGCUACUUCCUGCGGGUUCGUGCCGAAAACAAGGCAGGACUUGGUGAACCUCAGGGUCCCGCCAAACCUGUCAUACCAAAGAACCCAUAUGACAAGCCAAGCAUUCCAAUUGGUCCAUUGGCUGUGUCCAAUGUCACUGAUUGCUCUGCUGACCUUGAAUGGAAGCCACCGACAAGCGAUGGUGACACACCAAUCACUUCGUACAUCAUUGAAUCACGUCCAACUAGUCGCAUGUCCUGGUCCAGAGCUGGAGAAGUUGAUGGCUCCACCACUAAGUUUACCGUACCCGAACUCACCGCUGGUACAGAGUAUGUGUUCAGAGUCACGGCCGUCAACAAGGAAGGCCAAAGUCCCUGGCUGCAGGCUAUUGACACUGCACUACCCAAGCGCAAGAUCAACCCACCAGGACCACCAAGGUCACUCAAGGACACCAAGGUCGGUGAAGACUAUGCCAUUCUUCAGUGGCAGCCUCCACUUGAUAACGGAGGCGGACCUAUUACCGGCUACAUCCUCAAGAUGAGGGAAGGACCACAUGGAAAAUGGAUCAAGGUCGAGACUUUGUCCAACAUUGAAGACGACACCAAAGUUCCACGUCUUUCAGAAGGAACAGACUAUUACUUCUCCAUCGCUGCUGAAAAUGAGGCCGGCGUCGGCGAGGCCUGUGAAACAGACAAGCCUAUCACUCCCAAACGUCCUCCAGGACCUCCUGGAAAACCGAUGGGACCAUUGACCGUGACUGAUGUUGAGAAGACCUCUGCUAUGCUUCACUGGAAAGCACCUAAGAAUGACGGGGGAUCACCACUCACCGGUUACAUUGUUGAGAAACGCGAGGGUCUCAGACCAUGGACUAAAGUCGACACAGUCUCUCCUGAUGUCCUUGACCUCAAGGUUAAUGAUCUUAAGGAGGGUACAGAGUAUCUGUUCAGAGUGACCGCUGAGAACAAGAUCGGUACUGGAGAUGAACUUGAGGCAGAUGGCACCACUGUGCCUAAAUCUCUCUAUGACAAACCUGGUAAACCAGUGGGACCUAUGGAGUUCUCUAACAUCUUAGCUGAUUCCAUUACAAUGGAAUGGCAGCCUCCACUGUCCGAUGGCGGCCGACCCAUCACUAGCUAUGUUAUCGAGAUGCGCGAUUCACGUCGCUCCACAUGGAACAAGGCUGGCACUGUUGAUGCUGAGAAGACCAUCUUCACUGCCACUGGCCUUAUGGAAGACAACGAGUACUUCUUCAGGGUCUCAGCUGUAAAUGAGGAAGGUGAAGGGCCUGCCCUUGACAGUCCCGACAAGGUCAUGGCAAGGAAACCUAUUCAACCUCCAUCGGCCCCACUCAAUCUGAAAACAUGUGACCUCACGGAGGACAAGGUGACCUUGACCUGGGAGGAACCAAAGAACAACGGUGGUUCUAAGAUCACCGGCUACAACGUAGCUAUCAACGAAGACGGGUCUGAUCAGUGGAAGAACAUCGCAACUCUCAACCCAUACGAUCGUGACUACACUGUGAAAAAUCUGACCACUGGUCAGCGAUACUACUUCUCAAUUGCGGCCGAGAACAAGGCAGGUGUCGGGGAGGUUGCUGAGAUGGAUAAGGCUGUCUGUCCUCAGAAAAAACCAGAGAGACCAUCACCUCCGAUUGGACCAAUCAAAUUCUCCAACAUAAACAAGACAACUGUGACAUUGUCAUGGCAACCAAGCAGAAAUGACGGUGGAUCACCCUUGACUGCAUAUCACGUUGAAAUGCGCGACACUCAGACAAGUCGCUGGACACCUAUUGCCACAGUUACGCCUGACAUUCUCACGUACUGCGCUCAGAACUUAAAGGAACAACAUGAGUAUGUGUUCCGUGUCUUUGCCGAGAACAGUGUUGGUAAAUCAGAUGCUCUGACAUCAGACGUUGUGGAGGCAAAGAGUCCAUUUGAUAAACCUGGUAAGCCAGUAGGACCUCUGGACUACUCCAACCUUACCCAUGAGUCUGUGACAAUAUCUUGGAAACCACCACUUAGCGAUGGCGGAACUCCAAUCACCAACUACAUAAUCGAGUCACGCGACACCAGGAGGACUACAUGGUCCAAAAUCGCCACUGUAGAUGCCGACAAACUCACGUAUGUGGCUGAAGGGUUGGCCUUGGACCAGGAAUAUCUUUUCCGUGUGUCUGCUGUCAAUGCUGAAGGUCAAGGUCCCACUCUGGACUCACUCGACAGGGUGAAACCCCAGAAACCACUAGAGAAACCUGGACCACCACAAAAUGUCAAGACAUUGACUGGAAAGGCAGAAAAGGUGACUCUCUCGUGGAAACAGCCCAAGUUUGAUGGCGGAUCAAAGCUCACUGGAUAUCACAUCAAGAUGCGUGAAAACGGUGGCCAGUGGCGAGAGGUUGAAAAUGUAGGGCCCUAUGACACAGACACAGUUAUUCGGGACCUCACUCCAGAUGUUGAGUACAUGUUUUCCGUGGCUGCGGAGAAUAAGGUUGGUGUCGGAGAGGCAGCAGAGACUGAUUCCCCAACUGUACUUCACAAGAAGGCUGAGAGACCAUCACCACCAGUUGGACCAAUUAAAUUCUCCGACAUUGACAAGACAACUGUCACAUUGUCAUGGCAACACAGUAAGAGCGAUGGUGGCUCCCCCUUGACAGGCUACAUAGUGGAGAUGAAGGAAGUCACUCAGUUCCGCUGGACUGAAGUCGACAAAGUCCGACCAACCAUAACCAGUUACUGUGCCCAGAAUCUUAAAGAGAAAAAAGACAUCAUAUUUAGAGUCAUUGCAGAAAAUGCUGUCGGAAAAUCCGAACCUACACAGUCUGACACUGUAACACCAAAGAGUCAAUACGAUCUGCCUGGACGUCCUGUUGGACCAAUCGUAUUCUCCGAUGUAACAAAGGACUCUGUGACAAUGUCAUGGAAACCGCCAACAGAUGAUGGAGGUACUCCAAUCACUGGAUACGUCUUGGAGGUCAAGGAGAACAGGAAGUCUGGUUGGAGUCCAGCUGGAAAGGUCACAGGUCAGAAGUUGACCUUUACCACGGAGGAUGUAACCGAAAGAAACAGCUACUUCUUCAGAGUAUCCGCUGUCAACAUGGAAGGCCAGGGCCCAGCCUUGGAGUCCACUGACAGUGCUACACCUAUGAGGCCUCUAAGCAAACCAAAGGCACCUAUUGAUCUGAAAACAUUUGACCUUGAGACUGACCGUGUGUCUCUGAGCUGGAAACCACCAACAGAUGAUGGUGGGUCAAAGGUUACCGGCUACCGUAUCAGCAUGAGUGAGGACAGUGUUGACCGCUGGGUUGAGAUCGGCACGACAACCACUUACACUACCGAAUUUACAGCCAAGAAACUCAACAUCGGCAGUAAAUACUACUUUGCUGUCGCUGCUGAGAACAAGAUCGGAGUUGGUGAGCCAGCCGAAACUGACAAGGCUGUUGUCCCUAGGGCCAAGCCUGAGAGACCUUCACCUCCUGUUGGACCAAUCAAAUUCAGUAAUAUCCAGAAGAAGGAAGUUACUUUAUCCUGGUUGCCUAGCAACAGUGAUGGAGGCUCACCAAUCACCAACUACAUCGUGGAGAUGAAAGAAGCCAACAUGUUCCGCUGGGCAGAGGUUGGUAAGGUUGACGCCGAUAUCUUCACAUACUGCGUACAGAAUCUGCGUGAACAGAAGGAGUAUAUCUUCCGAGUGAUAGCUGAAAAUGCCAUUGGCAAAUCUGACCCAUUGGAGUCUGAUAGAGUCACACCAAAGAGUCAAUUCACUGUUCCUGAUGCACCUGAGGGACCAAUGAAAUACCCUGAUAUCACUGCAACAUCUGUAACCAUUGCCUGGCGUCCCCCACUAUCUGACGGAGGAAGACCUUUGUCUGGAUAUAUCGUGGAACAACGGGAAGCUAAACGUAUGACCUGGACAAAGGUUGGACGCACAGAACCAAGCAUUCUCACAUAUUGUGUACAAAACUUGACCGAGAACAAGGAAUAUCUAUUCCGUGUUUCUGCCGAGAAUGAGGAAGGUGUUGGUCCAGCCUUGGAGAGUCAGGAACCUGCCAAGCCCAAACGCCCCGCUGAUGUACCUGGUGUUCCCAAAGGGCCACUGGAAGUCCGUGAUGUAGACGAAUCAUCUGCGUACCUCACAUGGCGCCCAGUUGACAAAGAUGGCGGCUCACCUAUCCUUGAGUACAUCGUGGAGGCUAGCACUGAUGGUGAGGUAUGGACCAAGCUUGGCAAAACCGACAAGUACACGACAAAUCUACGACCACAGGGUCUUCUGACCGGCAAGAAAUAUUUCUUCCGUGUUUGUGCUGUCAACAGUGUGGGGCCAGGUGCUCCAUUAGAAUCUGAUGCAACAACUAUUGAAAAACCAUCAACUGUGCCAGGUAAACCUCGGGCUAUUCAAGUGACGAAUCCCGACAGGACAUCUUUGGGUAUCUCUUGGAAUGUACCUACUAGUGACGGGGGAUCACCAAUCACUGACUAUAUCAUUGAGAAACGUGACGCUCGCCGCACCGCUUGGACACCAGUUGCCCAGGUCCCAGCAGACGAACUCUCCUGUGUCGCAGACAAACUCGUUGAAGGUACAGAGUAUGGAUUCCGCAUUACUGCUGUCAACAAGGUCGGCAAGGGCCCAGCAUUGGAGUCUGACCAGACCUACAUGGCUAAGAGCCCAUACAACAAACCAGAAUCUCCUAUUGGACCUCUCAAUAUUUCAAACGUCACCGAUAAUUCCUGUGAGUUGUCUUGGAAACCACCGAGAGAUGACGGAGGUUCACCAAUCACAGAAUACAUUGUUGAGAUGCGUGAUGUACGUCGCAGUACAUGGAGCAAGGUUGGCACCACUAAACAUCCAACAACUGAUUUCACGGCUACUGGACUUACACCUGGCAAUGAAUACCUCUUCCGGGUCACCGCUGUCAAUGCCGAAGGUCAAAGUGCACCUCUCACAGCUAUGCAGCCAAUCAAACCAAAGAAGAAGAUCUCACCUCCCGGACCUCCUUUGUUUGUUCGUCUGUCUAAGUCAGGCGACACAUUCGCAACCAUCACCUGGGGAGCACCGUCCUCAGAUGGAGGGUCAAAGGUCACACAUUAUCAUGUAAUGAAGGCCGAAGGCUCCCCAUCUGAUUGGACGAAGGUUGCCAAGGUUGAUGCCUAUGAGAACACUAAUACCAUCAGGGGACUUAGGGAUGGUACGGAAUACUACUUUGGUGUGGCUGCUGAGAAUGAGGCUGGUAUUGGCGAUGUCAGCAAAGCCGACAAGUCAGCUAAAGGAGCCAAGCCUAAAGAGAGACCAGCUCCACCUGGUGCUCCUUUGGAAGCGACUGACAUUCGUAAAAACCAGGUCACCUUGACAUGGAAUACAUCUCCUGACGAUGGUGGAUCUCCAAUCACCCGCUACAUUGUGGAAAAACGCGAGAGCUGGAAAUCCACUUGGUCUCCUUGCGGAAAGGUCGGACCACGGGAACAUACACUUGUUGCAGAACACCUGAAAGAAAACCAGGAAUAUAUGUUCCAGGUCUGCGCAGAAAAUGCCAUCGGACGCUCUGAUUGGCUGGAAACAUCAGCCAAUGUUGUACCAAAGAGCCAGUUCGCCAAGCCUUCACCACCAAGAGAUCUGGUCAUAUCAGAAAUCAAACAGACAUCUGUCGUUCUAAACUGGUCCCCACCCAAGGACCUAGGCGGUCUGACACUCACUGGGUACAAGUUAGAGCGUAGGGACAGACGUCGCACUGUGUGGGUAUAUGUGGACGAGGUUCGCCCACAUAUCACUACCUACUGUGUACAGAAUCUCCUUGAGGGAAAUGAAUACCUAUUCCGUGUCUUCGCCAUCAACGACGAGGGGCUUAGUGAACCACUGGAAUCGGCUGAUGCUGUUAUACCAUUUAAACCCGCAGGUGCAUCAGCUGCCCCUGUUGGUCCGAUCCGAUUCUCGGAGGAGAAAUCAGAUGCUGUGACAUUGAACUGGAAUCCACCAAAGGAUGACGGAGGUAGUCCGAUCACGUCUUAUCAAAUUCAGGUGUCCGAAGAUGGAGAUACUUGGAGGGAUGUGGAAAUCGUAGACAAAUAUCGCAAGGAUUAUCGCAUGACAAACCUCACAGAGGGUCAACAAUAUAUGUUUAGAGUGAUGGCUGUGAACAAGGUUGGAGCUAGCAAGCCGCUCGACUCCGACUUCUACACGCCUCACCGACCAGCAGGUCCGCCAUCCAAACCUCAAGGCCCGAUGUCUGUGUAUGAUAUCUCCUUGAACUCUGCCACCAUCGAAUGGCGUCCACCCACAGAUGACGGAGGAUCACCACUUCAGAACUACAUCAUUGAGAUGAAAGAAAAAUCUCGCGUUAUGUGGAAGGUCAUUGACAAGACCAACCCUAACAUAACAACAUACUGUGCCCAGAACCUCUCGCUCAAUUCUGAAUAUCUGUUCCGUGUCUCAGCAGAGAACAAACAUGGCGUCAGUGAACCUCUGACUCUGGAUGAGCCGGUUCUUAUCAAGAGCCCAUACGGUCUGCCAUCUGCACCCGAGGGUCCCAUGAAGAUCGGAAGUGUAAACCACUCAUCAGCGGAGGUAUCCUGGCAACCGCCUGCCAGUGACGGAGGCAAACCUCUUACUGCCUACAUUGUAGAAUAUCGGGAUGUUAAACGUACUUACUGGACAAAAUCUGCUGAGGUCAAACCAGACAUGCUCCACCACUUGGUACAUGGACUGCAGAUUGGAUACGAGUAUGCCUUCAGGGUUAGUGCAGUCAACAGUGAAGGUCAAGGUCCACCUCUGACCUCUACAGAGACAGCCAAGCCAUCCAAGAAACUCUGUGUGCCAUCCUGUCCUGAGAAUGUAAGAGUAACUGACAUUGUGAAAUCGUCAGCCACGCUUGAGUGGCGUGCACCUGACAGUGAUGGUGGGUCACGCAUCAAUCGUUACCAUAUCUACCAGAAGACAGAGAAAUCUGCCAACUGGAAAAAGAUCACAUCCGUUGAUCGCUUCACUACCAUCACAACUAUCAACAAUCUGGCUACCGAAGAGACAUACUUCUUCGCUGUCGCUGCUGAGAAUGACGUCGGUGUGAGCGAAAAGGCUGCCACUACCAAGGGAACAACCAUCGCCAAGCCAAUUAGCCCACCAUCACCACCGGUUGGCCCAAUCAUUGUGAGUGAUGUUACAAAAUCUUCAGGCACUAUUGCCUGGCAACCAAGUAAGUCUGACGGCGGUUCCCCCAUCACUGCCUAUGUUGUGGAGAUGCGGGAAGGCUGGAGGAUGUCUUGGACACGAGUGGCCGAGGUGACUAGCGACACGCUAACUCACACUCUUACCAACCUACGCGAAGGACAAGAGUACCACGUACAGAUCGUGGCUGUCAACGCGGCUGGCAGUUCCAAACCACUAGAGGGUGAUACCUCCAUCAAACCAAAGAGCCUGUACAAACCACCAUCUGCUCCACGGAAUCUGGAAGCAUCUGACAUGAAACCAUCAUCACUAAGACUUUCCUGGCUUGAACCAGAUGACAAUGGUGGCCUUCCCAUCAAAUCUUAUCAGGUGGAACGCCGUGAGAAGAAAUACGGUUCAUGGGUCAAAGAGUGCACAGAGAAAUCUACUUCCUGUAUCGUCUCUAAUCUCCGUAUCAACAUGGAAUACUACUUCCGUGUGUCUGCUUCCAAUGAUGAGGGUCAAGGUCCUUUUGUAGAAACCAUUCAACCAAUUGUACUCUCGCCAGAAGCCACUGUGCCGGAUGAGCCUAAGGGUCCCCUCCGCCACAGUGACCUUGACGAGACGAGCGUGACCUUGUCAUGGCUGUCACCAAUGAGUGACGGUGGCGCCCCCAUCACAUCUUAUAAGGUGGAAAGUUGGUCAAUGGACAAGCCCUGGUCAGAAGUUGACACGACAGAUGCGAGAACAACAACUCUCCGUGUCAAACGCCUCACCGCAGGCAAGACAUACAAGUUCCGUGUUUGUGCAGUCAACCGUGUCGGAGCUGGCAAAUGUUUGGAGUCAGAUCGCGUCACACCAUCCAAGGAACUUCGUGUUCCUGGACCCCCCACAGAGCCAAUUGUUGCUAAGGCAUUGUCACAUGACACUAUCAGCCUGGAGUGGAAUGAGCCAGAAACUGAUGGAGGAUCUCCAAUCACUAGUUACGUGGUGGAACACCGCGACCUCAUGAGAUCAGUCUGGACAUUCGUCGACCGUACAGCCAACAUGAACAUCUUAAUCAAGAAAUUGACGGAAGGGUCAGAAUUCUUCUUUAGGGUGUCUGCAGUCAACAAGAUCGGCCAGGGACUUCCCCUGGAAACUCCAAAACCAGUGCUAGUCAAGAGUCCAUAUGACAAGCCUUCAGUACCAGUGGGACCACUCCAAACUUCUAACAUCACUGCCAACUCUGUCGACCUUGCAUGGAGACCAUCAGAGAAGGAUGGAGGAACUCCAAUCACACAUUACACCAUUGAGGUCCGUGAGGUCAGACGCUCCAUGUGGGGCAAAGCAGGACAAGUCGAACCAGGAGUUAACAAAUUCACCGUUCCCAACCUAGUUGUUGACAAUGAGUACUACUUCAGGAUCCGUGCUGUCAAUGCCGAGGGUGAGAGUCCUCCACUUGAGGGUCCCAACGGAGUCAAACCAAAGAAGAUUCUAUCACCACCUGGUGUUCCGAACGCCAACAUCGGUAGGGUGGGCGAAGGUGAAAUAGGCAUUGACUGGACACAGCCUGCUAGUGACGGAGGAGCCCGAAUCAAACAAUACCAUGUUUACAUCAAGGAAGAGGAUAGCGCCACCUGGAGGGAGCUGGCAACAGUUGAACCCUACAGAGGUCACCACAAUGUUACCAAACUUAAUCAUAAACAGAAAUACGUUUUCGGUGUAGCUGCUGAAAAUUCUGUGGGUGUCGGUGAUAAAGCUGUUACCAAGCCUACAUCACCCAAACAACCACUCACUGUGCCAUCUGCACCAGAAGGUCCUUUGGAAGUUUCCAACAUCCAAAAGAAUUCCGCAAACAUCUCUUGGAAUCCUAGUCUACAUGAUGGAGGUUCUCCAAUCACUCAUUACUCUAUUGAGAGGAAGGAGAGCUGGAAGUCCAGCUGGUCCCCUGUGGAUCGGGUCCGCGCCAACAACACUUCCUACAAGAUGACAGGUCUUAAUGAAAAGACCAGCUACUUAGUCAGGGUCAAGGCUGAAAACAAGAUCGGAAGCUCUGAACCUUUGCAGAAUGAUGAACAAUUCACACCGAAAAGUCCAUACAGUGUACCAUCUGCCCCUAUUGGGCCCCUAAACAUCUCUAACGUUACAACUACCUCGGCAACUCUCACAUGGAAACCAUCAGAAUCAGAUGGAGGCAAGCCAAUCAAACGCUAUGUUGUGGAACGUCGGGAGGGAUGGCGAUUCAACUGGUCAAAGGUAGAGUCAACACGCUCGACUUCCAUCUCCGCUGGUGGUCUGCGGGAGGGUACAGAGUACUUCUUCCGUGUGAUGGCUGAGAAUGAGGAAGGACUCAGUGAGCCGAUCGAGUCUGAUGCCGUCACACCCAGAAAGCAAGCAGUGAAACCAGGCCCACCUGCUGGUAAGAUCCAUGCCAGUCAUGUGACCCCAGACUCUGUAACACUGACCUGGAAAGAACCAACUGAUGAUGGAGGAUCUCCAAUCAAACGCUACAUCAUUCAGGCCCUGAACAGACGUACAGGAAGCUGGGCAACAGUUGCUGAGGUUCCUGCUCGCACCCUUCAGAAGGCCAUCACUGGACUGGAAGAAGGUGUGCCAUAUGAGUUCCGCAUUUGUGCUGAAAAUGAUGUCGGCCUUGGAAAACCAAAUGAGUUGGAUGAAACAAUCACUCCAUGUCGUCCUGCAGAGGUACCUGGAGCUCCAAGAGGACUCAAAGUCCCAGAUGUAACAAAGGAAUCCAUGACACUGUCUUGGCAACCACCCACAGAGGAUGGCAAUAGUCCUUUGACUGGCUACAUUGUAGACAAACUGGACUGCCAAUGGGGAGGCUGGUCUCGCGCCACCAAACUACCGGCUGAUGUUACUGAGUGUACAGUGAGUGGCCUUAUCAAGGGCCAUGAUUAUAACUACCGUGUGUAUGCUGAGAACAAGGUUGGAGUCGGUGCCCCUGCUGAACUGAGGAGUCCAGUCAAGGCUGUUAGUGCCGUAGAAGUACCAUCCAAGCCUAAAGACUUCCAGGUCACAGAAAAGAAGGACGACAGUGUGAGUUUAGAGUGGUCUACCCCUGACAGUAACGGUGGUGCUCCCAUCACCCGGUACUGUGUGGAGAAACGUGAACCUGGUCGCGCCCAGUGGGUGAGAGUUGACAGCGUGUCACCACACACUCUAGGUUACACUGUGAAGAGCCUCCUGGAAGGACGUAGCUACCUCUUCCGUGUCUUCGCUGAGAAUUCUGAAGGACUCAGCGAACCUGCUGUAUUGGACAAGGCAGUCACACCAGAACGUGCUCAAGAAACACCAGGACCACCAGAAAACCUUGAUGUAUCCACAGUGAGCCAUAAUUCAGCUACCCUUCGCUGGAAACGCCCACGUUACGAUGGAGGUGCCAUGAUUAGCGGUUACCUGAUUGAACAGAGAGAUGGCAAAUCUGGACACUGGCAGCGUGUGAAAGAGGUGGAGAGCCAUGUCCACUCACUGACCAUCCGUAACCUCAUUGACGACUACAGCUACGGAUUCCGUGUCCGUGCCAAGAAUGCCGUAGGUCUGGGCGAACCCAGAGAGCUUGACACAUCGAUCAGCCCCAAGAAGACAAUUGAAAAACCGUCUGCUCCCAGAGGUCCAUUGGACAUAUCAGACAUCACUGAGGAUCAUGUGCGAUUAUCAUGGCGAGCACCAGAGAGGGAUGGGGGAUCGCGAAUCUCUGCCUAUAUGGUGGAGAAGAGUGAAGCCCGUCGUCCUAAAUGGUUACGUGUGGCACGCUGUCCGCCAGACCAACUCUCAUUGGACGUAUCAAAUCUCAUCGAGAAUGUGGAGUACUACUUCCGAGUGGUGGCCGAGAAUGAGGCUGGCCUAAGCCCGCCCCUCGAGUCCGACAGCGCUGUAAAACCCAAGAGUAAAUUUGGUCCACCUUCAGCCCCUGUUGGUCCAAUCAAAGCCCUGACAGUGACACGCGACAGUGUGUCUCUUGAAUGGAGACCGCCCAAAUCAGAUGGAGGAUCUCCCAUGACGGGCUAUAUUGUUGAGAAACGCGAGGGAAGUAGGCAAUCUUACGUCAAUGUGACGCGCCUCGCGUCUGACGUAAACAUUGUCAACAUCCCAGGUCUGAUGGAAGGUCAUGAUUACUACUUCCGGGUCACCGCUGAAAACCGCUAUGGAAGAAGUGCACCUCUAGAAUCAACUUCUGCUAUAACACCUAAGAGGAUGUACGAACCCCCUGAGCCACCUACAGCUCUCAGAGUCAAAGAUGUCACCAAAAACUCACUGACAUUGAGCUGGGAUGCUCCAUACGACAAGGAGGGAAUCACUGGCUAUGUUGUGGAACGUCGCCACAUCGACGAUGAUGAGUGGGAGCGUGUGACACGCCUCCCAGGUCAGGUGACUAGUCACCAUAUCCGUGGUCUUCCCGAUGGAGAGUCUUUCUACUUCCGUGUGUCGGCUGAAAAUUCCGCCGGAAGCAGCAAGCCGACUGAACUGAAAACACCAGUAGAACUGAAGGGCAGGAAAGAAAAACCCUCAGCUAUCUUGAAUGCCCCAGAAGUGAUCGAAAUUGGACCUAAAUAUGCCGAAUUGUCAUGGCAACCACCAGAAUCAGACGGAGGCUCGCCUCUCACCGGCUAUUUCCUGGAAAGAAUUGAUAUCUCUGGAUUCUCCUGGUUACCCGUCAACAAGCAACCAAUCACUGACACUCACUAUCGCGUGGAGAAUCUCUACGAGGAAUUACAGUACCAGUUCCGUGUGCGUGCGGCCAACAAAGAAGGUCUCGGGGAACCUUCUCCGGCUACAGACCCGUUCUACUGUCGCGAGUCUUUCAAACUCGAGGCCCCGAAGUUUUCCAAGGAGAUAGAGGACACCAGUGCCCUGGAAGGUCACGAGGCUAAGUUUACCUGUGAGGUUACUGGUCUGCCACGCCCAGAGGUCACCUGGUACAAGAACUUCCGCGAGGUGUUUGGAGGACGUCACUACAAGAUCACGAGCGAUGGAAAUGUCCACAUGAUGGUAGUGAAAGACUUGGAGGAAGGGGAGACAUCAUAUAUUGAGUGUCACGCCAAAAAUAGAUGUGGAUCAGCGACAACUCGUGCCAAACUUGAUGUUCUAGUCCCUGCCAAGAUAAUUGACCUACCUGACCGCUACCUGGAUGGCCUGAGCAUUUGUAAGGGCGAUACCAUCAUGCUCCGUGUUCCGUUCCGUGGAAAACCCAACCCUGAAGUCACAUGGUCAGUCGACAAGGAGACGAUUGAAGCAGGACGUGGAACAGAUAUCACCACGACACCUCGUCAUACGUCACUGAUGAUCUACGACUCGGACAGAAGUGACGGAGGUGUUUACACUGUCACUGUGAAAAACAAGCAUGGCAGUGACACAGCCAAUAUACCAAUCAAGAUCAUUGAUCGUCCACAGCCACCAACUGGUAAACCAACGAUCAUAUCCUUCAACAAGUUCUCCGUAAAACUUGCCUGGAACGAACCAGAAGACGAUGGUGGAUCCCCAGUCACGGGAUAUAUUAUCGAGAAAUGUGACCUUCAGACUGGCGUCUGGCGCCGUGCAAUGACAUCAAAACACCCACAAUGCACUGUGGAAUGUCUGGAGGAGCACAAGGAAUAUAAGUUCCGUAUCCUCUCUGAAAACUUUAUUGGUAUCAGUCAGCCAGGUGAAGAAUCAGAUGCUGUGGUGACUCGUGACCAGGCUCCAGAGCUCGACUAUGAUGAGCUGUUUGACUCGAGCUUCAGAGGAACAAAUGUUAAUGUGGACAAAAUGAAAGGCGACGUCCUCGGCAAAUACAUUAUCUGUGAGGAGCUGGGAAGAGGUGCAUUUGGUGUUGUUCACCGCGCCAUAGAGAGGGCCACUGACAAGAACUGGGCGGCCAAGUUUAUCCGGUGCCGUCCUCAAGAAAAGGAGCUUGUGAGACACGAGAUCGAGAUAAUGAAUCAACUACACCACCCAAAACUGAUGCAACUUCACGAGGCCUUCGAUCAGACUGGUGAAAUGGUCAUGAUCCUAGAACUGUUGUCGGGCGGGGAACUGUUCGAUCGUCUUGUCGCCCAGGACUACGAGUUUACAGAAGAGGACUGUAUCGUGUAUAUGAGACAGAUCUGCCAGGGUGUGAGACAUAUGCACCAACAGAACAUCAUCCAUCUCGACCUCAAGCCUGAAAAUGUGAUGUGCGUUACCAAGGAUACUCGAGACAUCAAACUUAUUGACUUUGGACUUGCUCAGAAAUUGGAAGAGGGCAAAUCUGUCAAAGUUCUUUUUGGCACAGCAGAGUUCUGUGCCCCUGAAAUCAUCAGCUUUGAGCCAGUGUCUUUCUGCAGUGACAUGUGGUCAAUCGGAGUUGUCUCCUAUGUCCUUCUGAGUGGGUAUUCCCCCUUCGCCGGAGACACCGACCAGGAGACAUUUACAAAUAUAAACCAAUCUGAUUACGACUUCGCUGACGACAUCUGGGAUAACAUCUCUGAUGAUGCUCGCGACUUCAUCAACAAACUGCUUGUCAGAGAUCGCAGCAAAAGAAUGACAAUCGAUGAGGCUCUGGCCCACCCCUGGCUGAAUCCGAGAACGGAGGACUCAACAUCGCCUAGGCCAUUAGUGAAAGCUGGAGCCACAGAGAAGAAACUGACUGGCACCAAGCUAUCUACUCAACACCACAAGGAAUACCAGCAGAGGAAGCGCCAUCGUGAAGAUGAACUCGACAUCCUUCCCAUUGGUCGGAUAUCCCGUGACAGUGCCAUCUUCAGACGGGAAGGGGAACAAGGUGUCAUCGCUAAAAACAUCAUCAUGGAGUUACCUCCCCAUGCCCCUGUAUUCUGUGAGCCUCUCUCUGAUGUAUCUGGCUUCGAAGGAUCCCGGAUAGAAAUGACCUGCAAGAUCAGUGCCAAGCCAGCACCAAGGAUCAAAUGGUUCAAGGACGGAGAGGAACUACAAGAUGGAAAGAAAUAUCACAUGACAUACAGUGACUACUACGCAUCCCUCUUCAUCAGUGACCUUGACCCUGAAGAUGCAGGAAAGUACAGAUGUAAGGCAUUCAACAACCUUGGUGAGGACUCGACCACUGGCAAAUUGACCGUAGAAGAAAUCCUCCAUCGCAGGAAGAGGAAGGAGGAGCUUGAGUCGCUCAGGGUCAAGUAUCCAAAGCAUGAUUAUGACUUGAGUUUACUCGACUCCAACAUCCCACCAUCAUUCACCCUUCCACUCAUCGACCAGGUGAAGCAUGUCGGAGAGAAUUGUGAAUUCACUGUCACAGUGACCUGCCGACCCGAGCCAGAAGUCACUUGGUUCCAUAAUAAUGAGGAGGUUCAUGAAUCAGAAGCGUUUGAGUUCGUCCACAGUAAAGGCGUAUAUCGCCUCAUUAUCCAUGGCGUUGAGACACUUGAUGCUGGUCAGUGGCGCUGUGAGGCUGUCAACAAGUAUGGACACAGUUGGUGCUCAUGUGACCUCAAGGUCAUAGACAAAAUGCCAGAAGGUGGUGAACCACCAGUCUUCAUCAGGAAGCUACAAGACACUACCAUUGUAGAGGGCAGCUCUGUACAACUAGAGUGUAAGGUUAAAGGUCAACCUCAUCCAGAAAUAGAAUGGUACAAAGAUCGUAAACUGUUAAGAUCAGGACGCCAUUAUGCCAUCAGUAAAGAAGGCAGCACUUGUAUUCUGACCAUUCACGAAGCCUUCCCAGAAGACACUGGAAAAUACAUGUGCCGUGCAGUAAAUACUGUCAGCUCAACCACUACCGAAGCCCAGCUCCGAGUUCAAAAAGCAGAGGGCGAAGAGUCAGAAUUCCUCUUUGAACAUUACGUACCAGACGAAGCUCGACUUGUCGAAAGGACUGUCCACUUCAAGAUUGAGACUGAGCCAAACUUUACUGCGACCCUGAAGGACAAAUCAGCUACAGUGGGCACACACGUGAAAAUGUUGUGCUCUAUCACCGGCAUUCCUGCCCCUCGGGUCAUAAUGUACCACAACGAUGUUGACGUUACCGGGGACGACCACUACAUGAUUACGAACAAUCACGGGCUGGUCUCCCUGGAGUUUUACUCAGUCAAACUCAGCGACGCAGGACGAUACACAUGUAAGGCCAUCAACAGUGAGGGAGAGGUCUCAUGUCAGGCUCGGCUCCAGGUCCUGGGUAAGUGA